AUGCAGACUCCCAUCACCACAUACUUAGUUCUGGAUAAUCUUCUUCUGAAGACAGCUUUAGGUCUCUUUCUAAAGAUGGAAACGUUAGUACGACUUUUGGAAUGUGUUUGGGAAAAGACAAUGAACUUCGAGUGGUGCUUUGAUGAAAAUCCUGCUGAUCAAGGAGAAACUGCUCGAUCUUGGGGUUCUCACUCCAGUGGCCUUAACAUAUCAACUUCCUUGGACGUCGAAGGUCCAAGGACACCUCCGAUAACUUUGUCAAGCGAUGAAGAUGUGGGUGUGAUGUUGAGUGUGAGAUGGUAUAUGGCAGAAGCGGUGUUGUAUGUGACAAGUGGUCCUCAACUUGUUGCAAAAUACAACUUCCUUCAUCGAUCUCCAUUCACAAUAUGCGACAAGACUUUCUUAGGGGAGGGAAUAACGGAAGAACAACAUCAACAAGCCAUAAGAGAACUCGUUUGUGGACAACCCAUUGUGUGUAGCAAGAAUAUGUUGGAGAUAAUGUUCAGUGAACCUCAGCUACUAAUAGUAUAUCGAGUUGCUCUUGAGAUAGAGAUGAUCUAUGCACCAUCACAUGCAGAGAGGGAUGAAUACUAA